UAAAGGUUUGUUUUAAAUUUUGCGUAUAGGAUAACGUGACAAGUUCUCUUCCACAAAGCACGCCUACCUGUCGUUCGGUCGUUUCAGUAAAGAGGCAAUAAUUUCCCUGAGAAAUCAUCUAGACCUUUAGACGAAGAACAUGUAGUCCAAGAAAAAUUUAAGCAAACUGACCGCCGUGUCUAACAAAAUACUGUAAUAUACGAAAACGACAGGACGUCUUUCACGGUAUCUUUUCCUUCGGCUUUGAUAAGUGACCUGUAUGUUUAUGAAUUUCACAGUCUCGCUGCUGGAGCGACAGUGCCACUAAAAUGGCGAGCACCUGGGUGCUUCAUCGUUGCUCUUCCUUGGCCUAUCAACGCUCUACUUUUGCUGCCACUGUUACUGCAUGGAGACCUGAAAGUAUAACGCCGCCAAUUGCAAGCGGCGGCGGUUUUAGGGCAUGGAAAUCAAUUCGUCCUGCCAGAAGUUGCUGCUGCUGCUUCUCCACUGGCACCAACGCCGCAGUCGUUGUCGCAAAUGACGAAAAAUAUGGCAAUAAGCAGAUAAUCAGUCUCACUCCUCGCCUCUAUGAUUACAUUCUCUCCAACGUUCGGGAGCCGGAGAUUUUGCGGCAACUGCGAGAGGAGACUUCCACUCUGCGCGGAAGCCAGAUGCAGGUUUCUCCUGAUCAGGCACAGCUACUUGCCAUGCUUGUUCAGAUUCUUGGUGCGCAAAGGUGUAUUGAAGUCGGCGUUUAUACUGGAUACUCUUCAUUGGCAGUUGCUUUAGUGCUACCGGAAUCAGGUUGUUUAGUUGCCUGUGAAAGAGAUGCCAAUUCUCUUGAAGUUGCAAAAAGGUAUUUUGAGAGAGCUGGUGUUUCCCACAAGGUCAAUGUAAAGCAUGGAAUGGCAGCGGAUAUUUUAAAGUCUCUAAUACUGAAUGGUGAAGCUUCUAGCUAUGAUUUUGCAUUCAUUGAUGCUGAGAAGAGAAUGACUCAGGAGUAUUUUGAAUUGCUACUGCAGUUGGUGAGGGUUGGAGGUGUUAUUGUGAUUGACAAUGUUCUUUGGCAUGGGAAAGUUGCUGAUCCACUGGUAACUGAUGUUAAGACUGCUAGCAUCAGAAAUUUCAAUAAAACCAUUAUGGAGGACAAGCGUGUAAGCAUUAGUAUGGUACCUAUUGGAGAUGGCAUGACAAUCUGCCGCAAGGGAUGACCUUAUUACAGGCUUAUUCCACUUCUUGAUUCAUUUGAGAUUAUUCUUUGUUUCAAAGUUCAGAAAAAGAUGCACAUACUCAACCGUACCAUGAAAAAGCAUAACGGAAUAAAUUUGAUUGGCGCCACGCAUCAUAUAUUGGCUUAAAACAUGAAUCGAGUUGUUGGAAAUGAUGACCAGGCCUAGCAAAUUUGAAAGUCAAUCCUGAAGAGGACAAGGCAUCUGAUAUACGCCGCUUAAAAUUUGUGAAGAGGACAAGGCAUCUGAUAUACGCCGCUUAAAAUUUGUAUUUCACUGACAACCAAGCGCCAUUAUGUUACUGAUGAGCAUUGUACAAUUGAUUGUUGCAAUGACUAAGCAGAUAUCAAUGUAGAAGUUCUAUUGCCCGCA